GACGCAGUUGACAAGUCCACUAUUCCGGUGUAUAACAGUUAUAAUAUUGUGUUUCUUAUCUUUAGGCAAACAUGCUUCCGAUAUAAAUUAAAAUAAAAAAAAACUAGGUGUCUGUGUAUUUCUAAUACCAGUAGUGAUAUUAGAACGGACCAAACAUGUUGAAGGUAUCAAUUUUAUUCAUUCUGCCGGCGCUUGCCUCCUGCUUCCUCUUUGGAAGAGAUCACUCAAGCUGGAACGGCUUGAAAGUGACAUGGGGUUUUAACCCAUUCAGUUCCUUCAAGAGUAUGCCACGUACACGUGCCGCAGCUUUAUCUAGUCAAUGGGUCUCACUCAAUCCCGGCGGAUGCAGUGAUAAUCCUAAGUUUAUGGGAGAAAGGUUCAUCAAAAGCAGAGAUCAUGCAGUGAUACUUAUCUUUGACGUAGCUGGUUACAUUGCCGGAAUCCAGAUUGGGUGGCCAGCAAAUUUCAGUCCAAAUCCAAACGAUUAUCCAUUUGGUCCACUGAAGAAUUCAGCAGUCGUUGUAGACAAUGGAUACAACUACGUGACAGCUUACUUUGUGGACCCUUCGAUUAUUUGCAACGGUGGUCGAACUGCUAGUCAAUUCCACUCUCAAGGAACAGGAACCGGUUUGUGGAUUCAGAAUGGAACCAAUCCUGUCGCCCACUCUAUCACUAUACCCAAAACCGUCGCCGAUGCUGACGCUAGUAAAUGGACUAAAGGAGCCUGCUUUGUUACAAUGGGUCUCCACUACUGGUACGAUAUAAGUAAGAACAUGGACUGUGACAACUUUUUCCCGGUAUUUCUUCUCUACAAUGGCGGUGUUCUCAACGGAUUUGGAUGGGCUUUAGCAAUGGAUUUGAAUAAUUAUUCUCCGCGCAUCGAACAUCCUCCACAAAGUUCUUAUGGGAACUUUAUGACUCCACCACCAGACUGUCUGGGCCCUCUCGGGACAAUGACGACAUUACAUAUUUACCUAACCGACAGCGCCACUGCAGACACGUGCUAGUUAGUCACGUGGUUCGAAAAGCAGAUUAUCCGGAUGCUAUUGUAAAGAUCGUCUGGUUCCUUACUCAUUCUUAAACCACGAAAAUUGUUUCACAAUUUCUUUAUAUUUAAUAUUUUUAGUAGGUAUUCAGCAAUUUUCAGACUAAUUUGUACUGUUCAAAUGCCAUCUGCAUUUUAUUCAAAUACAUAUACUAAUAAGCUAUGUCUUCCGAAUUUGUAUGGACUCUUAUCUGUUCAUGAAAUAGUGUAGUACUUGAAUAAACAUGUAUAGUUUC